UUUCUUUUAUUCAAGUUCGUGUGCUUUAUUAUUAUGAACGUGCUUAAGUUUUGGAUCUUAACAUUUGUUUUACAGUACUCGAUUCAAGUGGAAGCUAAUGCAAAUUGUUCGACAAAUGAUGUACAUGCGUUAAUCCUCGCUCGCGGUGGAAGCAAGGGAAUAACAUAUAAAAAUUUAGUUCAAAUUGAUGGCUUAUCAUUAUUAUCUCGGGCUAUCACAACCAUACAAAACUCCAGCUGCUUUAAACAUAUCUGGGUCUCCACGGAUGACGAGAAAAUUGCAUUAGAAGCAAAACAAUAUGGUGCCAUAGUGCAUAUAAGGCCUGCGAAAUACGCACUGGAUGGGACAUCGUCUAUUGAGGCUAUUCAGGAAUUCCUCGAAGGACAUAAAGCAAUCGAUAAUUUUGCCUUGUUUCAAUGCACGUCGGUUUUUUUAAAAGAAAAAUAUAUUGAAGAAGCAUUUCAAAAAUUUAAGGCACACGACUGCGUAUUUUCUGUUAAAAGGUCCCAUAAUUUGCGCUGGAAAUAUGUUGAGGAACAAAUUUUGCCUGAUAAUUUCAAUUUGAAAGCCAGACCCAGGCGGCAAGACUGGAAAGGUGAUAUGGUAGAAGCAGGAAUGUUUUAUUUUUCAACAAGAAAAUUGGCCAUGGAAGGACUUUUACAGAAUGAAAAGUGCGAUGUUGUUGAAAUUGCAGCUGAAGAUGGUCUAGAAAUUGAUUCAUAUCAGGACCUUGCUAUAGCACGCUGUAUUAUAAAUAGCAACUUAUAAGUAGUAUAA